UAUAGAAGUAUCUGGUAACUGUAUGCUAGGUAUAAAGUCUUAGCUCGGACAUAAAACAAUAUCCACAACAGCUCUCCCACCAAUAGAAUAACAUGUUGACAAGAGUUGUGUUGGCGUUGUGUUGCGUGGCGGUGGCCCUGGCGGACACGCCGGCCAACUGCCUCUACGAGGACGUCCGCGGCACCUGGACCUUCUCGGAGACGGAACGGACAGGCGACCACACCAUCAACUGUGACGAGCUCGGCCCCAUCGUCCACACCAAGACCUUCACCCUCAGCUUCCCCAACGUCGCCAAAGAUGAGCUGAACAACGAGGGAACCUGGACCAUGAUCUACAACCAGGGCUUCGAGGUAAACAUCAACGAGCGCUCCUACUUCGCCUUCUCCUACUACGAGGGCGACAUGGACUCUGCGGUGUCCUACUGUGACCGCACCUUCAACGGCUGGUCACGAGACAAGACCGUCAGGAACUGGUCCUGCUACACCGCCCAGAAGCACAACGCGACGACUCCUCGUGUGACCCAGAAGGUGAGGAAGACUCAGUCGUCUCGACUCUACAAGAACGACCACAAGAUGCUGGAGGAUAUCAACGCCUCUCAGAGCUCCUGGAGGGGGAAGGCCUACCCCCAGCACGAGAGGUAUACUGUUGAGGAAAUGUACAAACGUACUGGUGGGCGAGCAGUCAGUCUACCCAGGCCCGCACCAGCCACCCAAGAACAAAAACAACGCGCUGGCCUUCUACCGGAGAACUUCGACUGGCGUGACGUUGAAGGCGAGAACUAUGUAUCAGACGUCAGGGACCAGGCAGAAUGUGGCUCCUGUUACAUUUUCGCCUCCAUGGCUAUGCUGGAGGCCAGGGUGAGGAUCGCCACCCGCAACCAACGACAGGACGUCUUCUCCGUCCAGGACAUAGUGUCGUGUUCGGUGUUGUCUCAGGGGUGUGAGGGAGGCUUUCCCUACCUGGUAGGUGGCCGAUACUCCCAGGACCAAGGCAUCGUGGCUGAGGAGUGUAACCCUUAUACUGGCUUGGACGACGCUUGUGACACAGACAUGAGCUGCCCGCGCACCUACGUCAGCGAGUAUGAAUAUGUGGGAGGUUACUACGGCGCCUGCAACGAGGAGCUCAUGAUGUUGGCCCUGGUGGAGAAUGGCCCCAUGGCUCUGGCUUUUGAGGUGUACGACGACUUCCUGAGCUAUAGCGGCGGCAUCUACCACCACACUAACCUCAAGAACGACUUUAGCCCUCUGGAGGAGGUGAACCAUGGGGUGCUUCUGAUGGGGUACGGUGUGGACGCUGAGACUGGGGAGAAGUAUUGGACAUGCAAGAACUCUUGGGGUACAUCAUGGGGCGAGGACGGCUACUUCAGGAUCAGGCGAGGUACCGACGAGUGUGCCAUUGAGUCUGUAGCAUUCCAGUCUACCGUCAUUCCCUGAUCUCCCACACCGUCGACACCAGAGGAAUGAAUAAACAGUUUUUAUUUUUUCUAAAAUAUUAAAUGUAAAAUAAUCCAAUA